AUGGGGCGGACCAAGAAGCAAAAAGCCGCCGCGUCCAAAGAUGAGCCAGGCCCAGACGAUUACAUUUUUCUAAUUUUAUUCUUUCCUGUCGGGCGGAGUGGAGCCAAGAUGGUCCGAGACGACGACCCCGAUGACAUCAGAGCGGCUCAACGGAUUGGUCGGUGGAUGCACGAAGCCGGCCUCCCGAUCAGGAAACUAUUUAGUCACAAGUCCUAUGACCAAGUGAUCGUUGAAGUCCGAAAGGAGGUCCCAGAGGAUGUUAUCGACUCAAAACUUGGGGCAUACAAAUGGGUCGACACAAUCGUAAAUACUUCCAGUAUUCCUCAAGAUUAUCGAGAUUGUGAGACUACGAUACUUAGAGCACGAGUCAGGUCGCAUGAUGCACUGGAAAAGAUAAGCGGAAUAGUUUAUUAUCCGAUCGAACGGAUUAUACCCACUGGACCUCGCUCCGAAUCUCAAUUCAGAUAUCCUUUUCCCAAACCGAAGCGGGUGGGCUAUGCCGUACCGACGACUUCUACCCUAGUUGGGUACCACCCGCUUCCGCCUGAGUUUACAGUCGUUGAGGAGGACAAUGCCCGGCCAGAUGUCAAGCCUGAUAUCAUGUCAAAUACCGAGGUAGACGUAAAACCAAUUAUUGAUCAAGGUGCAAGUCAAGCUGCGAAUAACAAUGCCGAGCUUCAAGCCGAAACGAAGCCGAGACUGGAAGCAGAUAUAAAACCCAAGAUAGAAGAACGAUCCCUACGUCCAAACAUCGACACGAAUCCUGUCAAAGGAGGAGGUACGGAGCUCAAGACUGAGCCAAUGAUAUAUCCAAACUUCGACAUGAAUCCAUCGGUCGAGGAACGGAUCAAACGCGAAAGUGUUACGAAACACGAGGAACCCAUUGUACCGAAUUUCGAUAUGAAUCCGUCUUUCGAGGAGCGAAUCAAACGGGAAAGACUUGUGAAGCGCGAGGAACCAGUCAUACCCAAUCUUGAUAUGAACCCAUCUACUGAGGGGCGUCUCGACCGAGAAGGGUUUAGGAUGAAGUACGAGGAGCCGAGUGAGACCAUAGGCACUAGAGGUAGGGAUCGAACAGAAAGGUUGAAUGAGCCUAGUCCAGCCAUCGAAACAAAUGUGACUUCUGCAAGACCCCCUGACACUUUCAUUCGCAAACUAGAGUCAUCGUCUAUAGUCAAAACGGAACCGCGGGAGCAGCCAGCGGCUCAGAAGCGACAUGUGGAGGCUACUGAGAUACUGGAAAGAGGUGGGGGCUAG